UACUCUUCAAAAGCUCAACCACACGAGACUUAGCUUAGUGGAUAUGCAUGGCAAUUUAUACCUAAGCGCCGCUGUGACGGCAGCAUGGUUUCUACUCCAGCCAUGCGCAGCCCGACCUAACAUAAAACUGGAACCGCCAGUCUGCUCCAACGUUACCUCGGGCGACCAGACAUGGGACUACAUCAUCGUAGGCUCGGGAGCCGGCGGCAUCCCCCUCGCAGACCGGCUCUCGGAGGCCGGGCACACGGUGCUGCUCCUCGAGAAAGGGCCGCCGUCGACGGGGCUCUGGGGCGGGACCAUGAAGCCGGCGUGGCUGUCCAACGCGACGCUGACGCGGUUCGACGUGCCCGGGCUCGCGAACGAGAUCUGGCACGACCCCAGCGGCGUCGUGUGCACGGAUGUCGACCAGAUGGCCGGCUGCGUGCUCGGCGGCGGCGUCGCCGUCAACUCCGGGCUCUGGUGGAAGCCGCACCCGGACGACUGGGAUACCAGCGGAUGGCCGGAGGGCUGGCGUAGCGCUGACGUCGCGGAUGCGACGGCGCGGGCGUUCGAGCGUAUCCCUGGGACUACGCACCCUAGCGCUGAUGGCAGGCUGUACCUGCAGCAAGGGUUCGAGGCGCUGGCGGCGGGACUCAAUGCGAGUGGCUGGAAUUUUAUUGUGCCGAACGAACACCCCGAGCUCAAGGACCGCACGUUCGGACAUAGCACGCAUAUGUUUGCCAAUGGCGAGCGGGGAGGCCCGCUGGCGACGUAUCUGCUCGAGGCCAGUCGGCGCGAGGGGUUCGCGCUCUGGAUGAAUACGACGGCGAGGCGGGUCGUGAGGGACGGCAGCCGCGCGACGGGCGUCGAGAUCGAGUGUACUAAGAAUGCGGCUGGGCAUGCGGGUGUUGUUUCGGUUACGCCGGGGACCGGACGCGUGAUCUUGUCUGCUGGGGCAUUUGGCUCGGCUAAGCUGCUUUUUAGAAGUGGAAUUGGGCCGAAGGACCAAUUGGAUAUUGUGAAGAAUUCGACUUCAGAUGCGACGACGAUGAUACCUGAGGACUCCUGGAUCGAUCUUCCGGUGGGAUAUAACCUGAUCGACCAUGUCGGGACUGAUAUCGAAGUUGCCCAUCCCGAUGUUGUCUUCUACGAUUUCUACGCGGCAUAUAAUAAGCCAAUCCUGAGCGACACGGAGAUAUAUCUGCAGAACAGAACUGGAAUUCUUGCCCAAGCAGCACCAAACUUAGGGCCUAUUUUUUGGGAAAUUAUCCCCGGCCCUGACGGUAUCGAUCGACACUUGCAUUGGCAAGCUAGAGUGGAAGGGUCUUCGAAUACUUCUAUGACUAUAACACAAUAUCUCGGGACUGGAUCUACGUCAAGGGGGCGCAUGGUGAUCACCCCUCAACUUAACACUCGCGUGUCUGUCCCGCCCUACCUUCGCGAGGCCAACGAUAGGGCUGCUGUCAUCGAGGGACUUGAGAGAGUCCGCAAGUACUUUGAGCCCAUCUCAAAUCUUACAUGGGUUCGCCCCAUGUCUAAUCAGACGUCAGCACAGUUCGUGGACUCGAUCCCCGCAGUUCCAGCAUCUCGAUGCUCAAAUCACUGGGUCGGGACUGCGAAGAUGGGAGUGGAUGAUGGCCGAGAGGCUAACGGUACAUCUGUCGUCGACACGAAUACCAAAGUCUAUGGGAUGGAUAACCUCUUUAUUGUUGAUGCUUCCAUAUUCCCAGGAAUGAUGACCGGGAAUCCUUCUGCAAUGAUUGUCUCAGCAGCUGAACAUGCGGCUAGGAAAAUAUUAGCGCUUGAACCCCCGAAAGUGAUUGCUGCAAAUUAGGAUAUAUUUGGAUGGCAGGGUGCUCACAAGGAACAACAAGGCUAAACUUAGUGUAGUAUAUCACAUAUCAAAUACCACAAAUAUGCAUCUCUAGUAAA